AUGACCGCCAUCACCAAUUCCUGCCAGUUCCAUGGUCGUGACGACGAGGAUGCCCCCGCCCAUAUCAAUCGCAUCACUCGUCUCUGCAGCUCCUUCUCCAUUGAGGGUGUCAAUCUUGAUGCUAGGUAUCUUCAGGUUUUUCCGUUCUCACUUGCUGGACGCGCAGCCGUCUGGUUCGAUUCCCAGCCUGCUGGCACUUUCCGUACUUGGGCAGGCCUUCGCGAUGCAUUCUUAGCCAAAUAUUUUCCGCCAGCCAAGGCAUCUCGCCUUCGUGACCAGAUCCACUCAUUUCGUAUGGAGCCAGAUGAGCCUUAUCACUUAGCUUGGGAGCGUUUUCAGACCCUGAUUACCCGUUGUUCUCAGCAUGGUCUAUCUGACUGGGCGUUAGUAGAGAAGUUCUACAAUGGACUUACUCCUGAGAUUAGGGCUCGUUUCGAUACUUCAGCAGGAGGCCAGCUUAUGGGAAAGAAGACAGUGGCGGAGUGCAAUGAUUUAUUUGAGAGUUUUGCCCAUUCCGAUAUGGACUACAGCACUACCAGCAGGACUUCCAUUCCUGUGCGUACCUCCUCGGCCGGUCGAGGGGUAAACCAAGUUGGCUUGGAUUCAUCGGUAGCUGCUGCAAUCGAGAGAGCGAAGGAGGAAUUGAGGCAAGAGAUGAGGCAGGAGUUGAAUGAGAUAAAGAAGAAAGUCGAUAGGUGUGAGGUUUGUCGAGGGGGACAUGAUACCAUAGAUUGCCCCACGCUCACUCUUGAGCAGGUAGAGUACAUAGCCGGUCAGCCUAGGGGUCCCACGAAUCCGUUCAAUAAUUCUAGUUCCAACUGGCGCGGUAGUGGUAAUUCGAGUGGGUAUCGUUCGUCUGGAAAUCCUCCUGGACUUUCAUCUGGUCAGUAUCAGAGUAGAGGGCCCGGUAUUUACACGCAGUCUAGUUCAGGGCAGUUCAGUGGGUCGGGGUCUAGUGGUCAGUUUUCGAGUAGGGGACCGCCUCAGGAGAGUCAGGGUGGUGGGAAAGCUCCUGAGGUUAGCACGAGUAGAUUAGAGGAGAUGUUUGCUCAGAUGAUGACGCGGAGCGAUACGUUCAUGAAAAAUCAGGAGCAAAUUAACAAGAAUAACGACCUUCAAUUCAAGAAUCAGCAGGCCGCCCUCCUCGAUCUUCAGAGGACAGUAGGCGGAAUUGCUCAGCAGUUACAGGAGCACCCACCGGGUCAGUUUUCGGGUAACACUUUCCCGAAUCCCGCGAAUCAGUCAGCGAAGGCGAUUACGACCCGUAGUGGGAAGAGUUUAGGAGAGUUGAAGAUCAAUCUUCCGUUCAUCGAGGCGCUUCAGUCUAUGCCUAAGUAUGCGAAAUUCCUUAAAGAUCUUUUGAAGCGUAAGGAGAGAAUCGGUGAGCUUUCGAACAUUCCAUUGACAGGGGGUUGUUCCGCGGUAGUCUUGAAUAAGCUACCAGAGAAGUUGACCGACCCUGGCACAUUCACGAUUCCAUGUUUCUUUGGGGGAGCCGCUACCCCUUCUCACGCCUUAGCCGAUUUAGGGGCCAGCAUCAAUUUGAUGCCAUUCUCGUUGUAUGAGCGUCUUGGUCUAGGAGAGCUUACACCCACGCGCAUGUCAUUGUCCUUGGCUGACCGAUCAGUCAAGUAUCCUCGUGGGGUAGUAGAGAAUUUGCUGGUGAAGGUCGAUAGGUUUGUUUUCCCAGUAGACUUCGUUGUGCUUGAUAUGGAGGCCGAUGAGAGAGUUCCUAUUAUUCUUGGCCGUCCAUUCCUUCGAACCGCAAAGGCGAUCAUUGACGUCUUUGACGGUAAGAUUUCUCUUCGUGCGGGUGACGAGGUUGUCACAUUUGAGAUCGAUAGAGCGAUGCAGCAUCCUAGUUGUGGAGAUGAUGUUAGUGGGCCGUGUCAUUCCGUCUAUUUUCUCAAUUCAUUCAUAUCUUGUGUCGACACGUGCUUCGAGUACAUUAGUGGAGCCGAUCUGGUAGGUGAGGGAGUUGUUGACGAGCAUUCUGAGGAUGAGGUAGAGGAGGUAGAGGAGGAGUGUUUAGAUGAGAGCGAUGAGGUUAGUGCUGAGCCAUUAGGGCUCGAUGCGAUUAGUGAUGAGAGUACUCCGGUAGAGAUUCCACCGCGUUUCUAG